AUGGUUCCCAACAACCCAACACUUGCAAUGGCAAAAGAGCACCUUCCGCAGGGUGAUUUUGACAGGAAAAGCAGGCCCGUCAACAGCAUCCCCACAGGCCACGAAGGCAAUAGGAACACCCGCCAGAAAAUUGAUCGAACCCGUCUUCGACAGACCAGAUCGUUGGACCGGACCCACAAUGCUUCUUCAACACACGCUACCUCAAACCAGAGACUUCGAGCCAUGAUGGAAGCAAAAUGUAACAGUCCUUCGGCACCACCUAAUACCAGCACCAGGCCAUGGAAUCCGCAUCAGUCUCUGUCCAAGCUGAACGGAGCUCUCUACGCUAGAAUAAACAGCUCUUUUUCUAACUUGGCGACGGCACUCGAGCACCAAGAAGAAGGCCCUCUGUUUGAAAAGGAAAAGGCAGCACUGAGCUAUACCGACCGAGACAUUCAGUCCAUUAUCAUGGAAGAUGAAGCGUUUCGAAACCUCAAAGCAAGCUUACGCCAACGGGGAUGCAUCACCAACAACUAUUUGAAGGAGAACGUUCAUUUCUACGUUCGCCACGUGAAGCAAGUACGGCAGAGACGAGCCUUGGCAGCGGCCAAUGGUGAAGGAAGAAAAAUCCGACUGCGAAGACAAACAAGAAGUCUCACACCACCUCGUUCCAAAUCCAAUGCUGCAGCCUAG